AUGCACAAGACCGAGAUGGAGGUGUAUGGAAUUAAAAGAACCGACGAGGAUGACUGUAAACUCUCCACGGUGCCUGAGCUUCCUGAAUUCUCCAGCCCACCCUCUCAGACUCUCAAGUCCAAUCAGGAUUCCGAGGACUACAGAAAUGGUUCUUUCACCAACUCCGUCACUGGAUCCCUGGAGAAUGUUGACAUGGAAAUCAUUCCCAGUAUUUCGGAGAAGGUGGCUGCGAGAUCAUCGCCAGUGGACUAUUCCUUUGAGGAUCAAAUACAGCAAAUGUCAAGUUCAUCUCCUCCAACCAUCUCCAAAUUUUCCACCCAAUGAAAGAGAGUGAGUGAGAGAGAGAGACAGAGACAGAGAGAAACAACUUAUAUUUAACGUCCGUUUUAGCGAAAUGACGACAGUUCUCAGGGAAUUCCAAUCAAGAACUUUGAACAUUUCAUGAAAUUGAGUAAUUUAUCUUCAUAUCGAAACCCUGAGAUCUUUCUAUAAUAGAAAAUCUUUCAAGACUGUUUCCAUCUGUAUUUUGACAUUUAAAUUGUCAUUUAUAUAAUGUAUAAAAAAAAAU